AACGUGGAGACAAUGGAAACGUGCAUUGAGUUUCCAGACGAGAAGUUUAGGGUGUAUAGUGUGAAUACUAAAGGAUUUUAGUAUUGUAUAAUUUGUUAUAUAUUGCAGUUAUAUAUUCAAGGACCACACCAGAAGCAAACAUGGAUGUUGACAAUAAUUCAGAAGUUGAAACCUUUGCCUUCCAGGCUGAGAUAGCUCAACUUAUGAGCUUGAUUAUAAAUACCUUCUAUUCAAACAAAGAAAUUUUUCUGAGAGAAUUAAUAUCUAAUUCAUCAGAUGUAAGUAUACAAGAUUUUCAAAUGUCUAUAUCGAAGUUUUCACCAAUGAUAAACAACCUGGGAACUAUUGCUAAAUCUGGCACUAAAGCUUUCAUGGAGGCCUUACAGGCAGGAGCAGAUAUAUCUAUGAUAGGCCAGUUUGGUGUGGGUUUCUACUCUGCCUACCUCAUUGCUGAUAAAGUAACUGUUACAUCCAAACACAACGAUGAUGAACAAUAUACAUGGGAAUCAUCAGCUGGUGGAUCUUUUACAAUAGCUUCUGAUCAUGGUAAGGCAUUAUGUACUAAUGAUUUUUAAAGCUGUAAGAUAUUG